AUGCCGACCUCUCGAUCGUGUGACCAAUGUUAUGCGCAGAAGAAGAAAUGUCAACGAGAGAAAGACCUAGCCAAGUGCAUCCGAUGUGCCCACCUUGCUCUGGACUGCUCGACGGCUCGAUAUUCCCGUCCUCCAGGCCGGCCCGCGCGAUCUAAACUUCUUGGUCCUGCUGCAGAGAUCCAAGUGUGGGCCUCACAGGAACGGUCGUCUUCGAAAACAUCUAGUUCACCAAAUACGGAUGUUCAGGGCGUGUCUCCACAUUCGCAGAGUGCUUCGACCGAUACCACUUCAGAACAAGAGCCUUUGGUGAUUGAUCAUAUCAACAGCUCAGUCGGCCAUGGCGUUCAAUCGAAACUACCCGAUAUUCUCCAAGAACUUGGAAGAAAUCAAGAACCAAGCACGCCAGCGCCAGAACCCACGGAUGAGGAGUUUUACGAGUUGAACGACAUCUUCAUGAUCGGCCCAAGCUUCACCAAAACCUUUCGCCAAGCUUUGAAUUAUUCCUACCUGAAAGCCCCUCAUAUCCUAAGAGAUAUGUUCUCCGUGAUGAUCAGAUAUAUGACAAACACUAUGAAGCCGAAUACUACUGCGCCGGCCCAUGCAGAGAUCGCCGAGGCUGCACAUCUUCUGCGGAAAUAUCAGGUCACAGAGAUAUCCAAUGAUAACGACGCCUUGGCUGUACUUGUACUCGGUCAGAGCCUAGCUGCAUUGGACACAUUCAUGGUCUCUACAGGAUCAAUGCUCAUCCUGCGGCAUUCACUAUAUCUGGUCAAACCGUGGUAUCCGCAGCUGGCUCAGGUGGAAUUCCUAGACUCGGUCACUGUGACUCCGAUAUUUUGGGAGAUACUCGAAUGUCUGAUCAAGCGGGAGAGGCCAAUAAUUCGACCAAGAAUUCAUCGACCUCACGUUGUUGAUCGGCUGUUCGGAUUAUGUGUGUCCCUGAUGCCAAUACUUUACGAUCUGUGCGAAGUGAGCCACGAAAUGAAGGUCCAAUCUCAACCGCAAAGCCAGAAACUAGAUAUCAUCGAGCAACAAGUCCUUUCAUGGACUCCCGCUGAACCACCUCUCCAGUUCUCAAGAUUCACCGACACCGAGAUCAUGCUACUGCGAGUUCAAGCUUCCAUCUACCGAUCUGCCACCCUACUACUCAUACAUCGCGUCAAGUACCCACUAUCCUGUCAAGAUGGGAUUGCCGUGUCGUAUGCAAACGAUAUCAUGGAAGAAAAGGAUAAGAUUCUUCUGCACGGUGGGCCCGAUCUGAAGCUUCAAUUUGGAUGUUUCCCUCUGUACUUGGCCCUACUUGAGAUUCCGUUGCGGCCAGAGAGUCUUUGGAAGAGUCUGACGAAGCUUUCUUACCGUCCAGCGUGUGCCGAACAGUUCUUUGCCUUUCACCGAUAUUUCUGGCAGCGAAGGUGGGACGGUUUCAAGGGUUCUCUAUUUGAUCUUAUUGAUAACGGACCCACGUUCAUGGCUGUGCCGUGA